AUGGCGAAACGCAAAAGGAAGUUCGUUCAAACUGGGGAGGCUAAGCAGAAGGACACAGGGGCCUCAACUAUGAAAGCGAAGGGCAAGUCAGAAGUAGCUAUGGCCAAGCUCAGAGGGCUGAAUGAUUUGCCAUCUAAUCCAUUUGACCUGCGUGUCAAUAGGAAGAAACAUGAGGUCAUAGGCAAAAAGGUCAAGGGAGAGAUGG